AUGGAGGACUCGGAAGUGUUUGUGGAAUCUCCAUUCGUAAAAUAUUCCGAAAACUACAUAGAGUCAAUAUAUAAAUAUAAUACAACAAAAGCCCAAUGCACUGGGUCGAAAGUUAUUGUGUCGCCAAAUGAAGUUGUUUUGAAUAUUCGGACGGAAAGAAAAGUUCCAAAACUUGGAUUGAUGUUGAUCGGAUGGGGAGGAAAUAAUGGAUCUACCGUUACCGCAGCUAUUUUAGCCAACAAGUACAAAAUAACGUGGAACACCAAAGAGGGAUUACAGCAUCCCAAUUGGUAUGGCUCUCUCCUUCAAUCAUCAACCGUCACUUUAGGUUUUAAUUCAAAUGGUGAACCAGUGAGUGUUCCACUAAGUAAAUUACUCCCUAUGGUACACCCGGAAAACAUAAUUUUGGAUGGGUGGGACAUAUCAUCGUUAAACUUAGCCGAGGCAAUGCAAAGAGCUAAAGUUAUAGAUUACGAUCUGCAAAAACAAUUGAUUAAAUAUAUGCAAAAUUUAAAACCCAGACCGUCAAUUUUCUGUGAUGAAUAUGUUGCACCGAACCAAGGAGAUAGAGCAGAUAAUGUUCUUUCCGGAUGUAAGUGGGAUCAACUUAAUAAAAUUAGAGCAGACAUAAGGGAUUGUAAAGAAAAAAAUCAAGUGGACAAAGUUAUCAUUUUGUGGACAGCAAACACUGAGAAAUAUUCUGAAGUUAUGCCAGGACUCAAUGACACUGCUGAAAAUUUACUAUAUGCCAUAAAAACCAAUUCCCCAUUAAUUUCACCUUCUACCAUGUUUGCAGUAGCAGCUAUACUCGAAGGGUCUGCAUUUAUAAAUGGGUCUCCACAAAAUACAUUCGUACCUGGUUGCAUUCAACUAGCAGAACAACACAAUGUAUUCAUCGCUGGUGAUGAUUUUAAAUCUGGCCAAACGAAAUUAAAAUCUGUACUAGUUGAUUUUUUAGUUAAUGCUGGAAUAAAACCAGUGUCAAUUGUUAGUUACAAUCAUUUGGGAAACAACGAUGGGAAAAAUCUAUCAUCUCCUUUACAAUUUAAAUCGAAAGAAGUGUCGAAAAGUAAUGUGGUCGAUGAUAUGAUUCAAUCAAAUCCUGUUUUAUAUAAGAAAGGAGAGAAACCUGAUCACUGCGUCGUCAUUAAAUACGUUCCUUAUGUUGGAGACAGCAAAAGAGCAUUGGAUGAAUACACAUCUGAAAUUCUCAUGGGUGGACAUAACACGAUUGUCGUUCACAACACUUGCGAAGAUUCUCUUUUGGCUGCACCCAUCAUUCUCGAUCUUGCUAUCAUAACUGAAUUGUGCCAAAGAAUUAAAUUCAAAGUUGUCUCAGAAUACAAUUCAGAAUAUUUUGGUUUUAAUUCCAUUUUGUCCAUUUUAGGGUACCUAUGUAAAUCUCCUCUCGUCCAAGGGAAUACUCCCAUCGUGAAUUCGUUGAGUAGACAAAGAUCGUGUAUCGAAAAUAUUUUUCGUGCUUGUUUGGGUCUCCCACCUGAAAACAACAUGCUUUUAGAAUACAAAUUACAAAAAAAAGCAUUUCUAGCUACAGAAAAUGGUAUAAAAAAUGGCGAAGCUCAUUAA